AUGUCGCAUGAGACGGCAGACUUUGGUGGAGAACUACCAACAUCCGUACUGAACCUACCAUACAGCAUAUGUGACAGAAGAAAAAGACUAGAAAACGAAAAGCUGAGCGGGUUUGCAAGGAUGGCAAGCAUAAUGGGUAGAGAAACUAGGAGGCCAGAUCCUAACCUAAGGGACAUAUCCAAAGAUCGUCGUGAACUGGUCUUCGUCAUCGAUAACGGCUGGACGAUGUUCGAUCACUGGCCAAUCCUGACCUUUGUCGUCGAAACCCUGGCAAUGAACGCUGCAGGUAUCGACAAAAGCGGCAUCGACCUCCGCUUCACUGUAGAGGGAUCUCGACACAACGCAAAUAACAUUGUAGGAGAUACCGGGCGGAGGUUACUAAAAGAAAAGCUGCAAAAAGCCUGGCCCGAACGCAAUCCAAAACCCAGCGCAACAACCGACAUGACCGCCAUCCUCCAAAACAUCUACAAAGAAUGGCACCGCAACCGCCGGCCAGCAACAACCCUCUACGUCUUCACCGACGGCAAAUGGUCCACUGAAGACCUCACCGCCCUCCGCCAUGUUGCCAAAAACCCAAACUCCCCCCACGAAAUCAUCCGCAACCCGCCGCCCCUACACAAAGCCAUCAUGGCCUUCGCCGAACAAGACCGCCAACAAACCGGCCACCGCCACUUCAGCAUCCAAUUCAUCCGCUUCGGCGACGAUCCGCCCGAUAAAGAGCACCUCCAAUGGCUCGAUGACUACUUGUGUGAAAGCCAUAAGUACCGCGACAUCAUUGACCAUUGCACCUGGCGCGCUCCCGUCGACAAAAUCUUCAAAGGAAGCAUCGAGGGGUUCCACGAUGAGAAAGAGGCAAAAGAGCCGCCGGUGCUUUACGAUUAUAAGCAGCUUGUCGAGAAGUUUCAUCUGUUUAAUCGCGGUGAGGGGGAUGGCGGUGCGGACGCGCAGCAGAAUGAAGCGGUUUCGUCGCCGUUGACGCGGAUGGGGACGCAUAGGUCGAAUGUUUCGACUUCGUCGCCCAGAACGAGGUUUUCGAUGUUUUCUUCCUAA